AUGUUCGGAAACAAAACCAUUCAAGUUCCUACAGUGUUUGAAAUUUCUGGUUCUAACGACACGACUUUGAAAUACUCCAUCCAUUUGGUAGAAAGCAAGAGUGUCCAUCUGAACCGAGAAGCUCCCAAUAGUUUCAAUAUCAAAUCGGGAGAUGAUAGUAUUCUAUCGGUUGUAUCAACAACAAACGGAAAGCUCGGAUCAUCAUCAAAAAUCGAUAUCGAAAUGAAACCUCACAAGGAAGGAACUACAACAGUUACUGUAGAUUGUAAAUUAUAUGUUUGUAGUGAUAGUGGAAUGUGUUCCAUGAAGAAUGAAAGUUUUGUCAUUACGGUGAAGGUGCAUGGUAUGAAUUCUGGAUUGGCAAAUUUACCAUCAUCAAACAAUACUUACAAUCACACUCUUACAAUGGCUUAA